AUGUACAAGUCCCUCCUUUCCAGUCUGGCCGUGGUGGCCCUACUGUCGGGCUCCGUCUCGGCCACCACGCCUCCUUCUUACUCGGGCUAUACCACGGUCUGGUAUGCCAACUUCGCCGGCGACGCCGGUUCCCUCCCGGACACGAGCAACUGGAACAUCAUCACGGGCAACCUGGGCGUCAACAAUGAGCUCGAGACGUACACGUCGUCGAACCAGAACCUGCAGCGCAGCGGCGGCCAGACGCUGCAGAUUGUGCCGCGCCGGGACGCGUCCGCCUCGGGCGGCUGGACCUCGGGCCGCAUCGAGAGCACCUACACCUUUGUGCCCAAGGCCGGCGGGCGCACCAUGGCCGAGGCCCAGAUCCAGUUUGGCUCCAACCCCGUGGCCAACAAGCAAGGCCUCUGGCCGGCCUUUUGGAUCCUCGGCGACUCGAUCCGCCACGGCACCGCCUGGCCCGCCUGCGGCGAGCUCGACAUCAUGGAGACGGUCAAUGGCUACCUGACGGGCUACGGCACCACCCACUGCAACGUCUACCCGGGCGGCAUCUGCAACGAGCCCAAUGGCAUCCAGGGCUCCAUUUCCAUUCCCGACCAGGGCUGGCACACUUGGCGCAUUGUCUGGGAUAACACGGCUUCCAGCUGGACGGGCCAGACUAUUACCUGGUACCGCGACGGUGUUGCCUUUAAUGAGAUUUCUGGCUCUCAGAUUGGCGAUCAGACUACUUGGAAUUCCCUUGCCCACAGAUCGCUGUACUUUAUCUUGAAUAUGGCUGUUGGUGGCUCCUGGCCUGGCAACCCCAACUCGGCGACCCUUGACGGCUAUGGCAGCAUGAUGGAAGUUGCUUAUGUCGCUCAUUAUGCUUCGACCUGA